ACCUUCUCGGUCGGCGGGCGCCGCCAAUUGGGUGUCCCCAUAGGAAGAUUCGUUGGUGGUAUAUAUUGUCAUUAUGAGAUGUUGUCUCUCGGUGCUUCAUUUGUGCAAAUUAAAUUCGAUGACCUGCAGUUCUUUGAAAACUGUGGUGGCGGAAGUUUUGGGAGUGUAUAUCGAGCCAGAUGGCUAUCUCAGGACAAGGAGGUGGCUGUGAAGAAGCUGCUUAAAAUAGAAAAAGAGGGCAGAAUCUUGUCUACGCUGUCUGGCUGCCAUGUCCUUGAGUAUUAUAAUGUCACUUUAGAGAAACAACAUAUUUUUUCCUCUUUUGUAACAGAAUAUGCUUCUGCUGGGUCAUUGUAUGACUAUAUUAAUAGCAACAGAAGUGAAGAAAUGGAUAUGGAUCAUAUAAUGACCUGGGCAAUGGAUAUAGCUAAAGGAAUGCAUUAUUUGCAUAUGGAGGCUCCAAUCAAAGUAAUCCAUAGAGAUCUGAAGUCCCGGAAUGUGGUUAUAGCUGGUGAUGGAGUAUUGAAGAUUUGUGAUUUUGGGGCUUCAAGGUUUCAUUCCCAUACAACACACAUGUCUCUCGUUGGUACUUUUCCUUGGAUGGCUCCAGAAGUAAUACAGAGUCUCCCAGUAUCAGAAACAUGUGAUACAUAUUCAUACGGUGUGGUUCUCUGGGAGAUGCUAACAAGGGAAGUCCCCUUUAAAGGCUUGGAAGGAUUACAAGUAGCUUGGCUUGUAGUGGAAAAAAAUGAGAGACUGACCAUUCCAAGCAGCUGCCCUGGAAGCUUUGCAGAAUUGAUGCUCCAAUGUUGGGAAGCAGACCCAAAGAAGAGACCCUCUUUCAAGCAGAUCAUUUCAAUUUUGGACUCCAUGUCAAAUGAUAGCAACCUUCCAGACCAAUGCAAUUCAUUCCUGCACAACAAGGCAGAAUGGCGAUGUGAAAUAGAGGCUACCUUAGAAAGACUGAAGAGAUUGGAACGCGAUCUAAGCUUUAAAGAACAGGAACUAAAGGAAAGGGAAAAACGCUUGAGAAUGUGGGAGCAGAAGCUAACUGAACAAUCCAACACACCGUUGCUGCCAUCAUUUGAUAUCGGUGCAUGGACUGAAGAAGAUGUGUAUUUUUGGAUGCAACAGCUCGUUAGAAAAGGUGAUACAUCUGGCGAUAUGAGCAUGUAUGCUAGCAUGUUUAAAGAGCAUCACAUCACAGGAAAACGUCUACUUCUUCUGGAAGAAGAAGAUUUGAAGGACAUGGGAAUUCUUUCCAAAGGACACAUCAUUCAUUUGAAGACUGCCAUUGAGAAGCUAUGUCAGGAUUUCUUCAAUAUGUUUCAUUUUCCACCUCUGAUUAAGGAUUCUGCCAGUGAAAAUGAGGCCAGUGAGGUGAAAGUGCUGAAUCUGGAGCUUGUUUUUGGCUACCAUUUAAAACCUGGAAAGGGUCCUCAGGAUUGCAAAUGGAAAAUGUAUAUGGAGAUGGAUGGGGACGAAAUUGCAAUAACGUAUAUAAAAGAUGUGACAUUUAACACUAAUCUACCUGAUGUCGAGAUUUUAAAAAUGACAAAGCCUCCAUUUGUGAUGGAGAAGUGGAUUGUGGGGAUAGAAAAAGAUCAGACUGUCGAGUGCACAGUGACUUACGAGGCUGAUGUCCACACUCCCAAAUCUACCAAACACAUCCAGGAAGUGCAGUGGAGUCACGUGAAACAGGAUGAAGUGAAAUCAGUACAGCUGAAAAUACAGACAUCUCUCCCAAAUGUGGAAGGCAACCCUCGGAGCAGAUCCAAUUCCAGUAUUGACUUCCAGUGGGUGAAUGCACUGAAAAUGCACCGUGUGACAAGCAGUCCUUCUCUCCAACAUUCCCGUCCCCACAGUCCCAACAACUUAACCCAUUUUUUACCCUAUCUUCACAAUCAAGACACUUACGCUGCUGCUGUGAGGCGGACUUCCGUGCCUACUACCUUUCAUAUUACUCCACUCAUUCAAUCAAGAAGCUCAUCGCCAACAACCUAUUUAUCAUCUUUACAUCUGAAUUCCAAGGAAAGCAGCAGCUCCAGUGCGACUUCAACUUCGGACAGUCCAUCUGAAAGGGGCAGCUCCAAAAGCAGAAACAGAAAUAACUAUCAUAGCAGCGUCUCUCCUGGAGGAGGGGCAGCUGGAAAGCGUUUUGUAAGAAGCCCAGCUGCUCCAGGGACGCUGAGAAAUGCUGGGAAAUAUCCUAGAUCUUCCCAGUCAACCUUCAAUCAAUAUCAACAUCUGCCAAGGACGCAUGAGAGAAAACACACUCAUUACCCGCAGCAAUUCAAAUCAAUACCAGGGAUGCCCUUGAAAACUGAAGCAGAAGAAGAAGAGGAAGAAAGCAAAGUCAGUGAAGGCGGAUGGGUGAAAGUCAAUUAUUCAAAGAAAUCUUACCGACAUACCGUUGGCAAACAAAACAAAGAGAAAUCGAAAGGCACUGGGACACUUCAGAGAAAAUCCCGUUGAUGCUUUUUCAGAAAUAGGUUUUAUUUUAUUUUUUAUUGCACAGAAUACUGACUUUCCACGGAGAAGGUUUCAAAUUCUUCUUGAGAUAACUGACAAAGAAUGUGAGAAUGGGGAGCCUGGGAGGAAUGACAUUAGUACAGCC